AUGGGGGACCAGAUUAGACAAGGUCAAAAACUAGGACUGAUCUUUAGGACUAGUUCGAGAGAAAAUGAACAACAUAGAAAAGAAGAGACUUUUCCUCGUGUGUGCUGUCUUAUUUACUUUGGUUGUCAUGGUGGUUGCCAAAGAUGGACAAUGUUCAAUGUACGGAGAUUGUGGGCCAGCCGAAGCAGGGUCCUCUAAACAUCUCAAUUGUAAAUAUAACGGACCAGCAAAACCCCUUACAGAUCCAGAUGGACUCAAAAUCCUUGAGACAUAUUGUCCUGAAUUAGUUACAGGAAAUAAUACGUUAACAUGUUGUGAUACUACCCAACUCCGUACACUACAGGCUAAUUUAGGAGUACCCCAGCAGAUGUUAUUAAGAUGUCCGUCUUGCUUCCGUAACUUUCUAAAUCUCUACUGUUACACGACAUGUAGUCCAAACCAAAAUAACUACGUCACAAUUGAUGACGUAAGGCCUGAUAUACCGACUGGUAAAAAAGAAGCCGCAGUGGCCACCCAUUAUUAUAUCUCAGAAAAUUUUGCCAACGGUAUGUUUAAUUCUUGUAAAGAUGUUCAAAUGCCAAGUGCCAAUCAAAAAGCAUUGAAUAUUUUAUGUGGACAUACUGCAGCUGAGUGCACACCUCAGAAAUGGCUGGAUUUCAUGGGGGAUACAUCAAAUGGACAAACACCAUUCAGAAUCACCUUUAUUAUCGGAAACAGUGCCACACCCCCUCCAGGAACGAACAUAACCUUACAUCCAAUGGAUACCAUGACAUCUAAAUGUAGUGAAAGAGCUUUCAACAAAUCGGCAUGUAGCUGUCAGGAUUGCGCAGCAUCAUGUGCACCAAUUCCAUCCCCGCCACCAACAGAAAUUGAAUCAACUAUAUUGGGUUUGGAUACUUGGUAUUUUGUAAUGGGAUUAUUAUACAUAGUAUUUCUAAUAGUUUUUUUCACGUCAUACCUUGUUAGUUACUUUCUUUGUGAACCACAACAGGAACAAAACUCCUUUACAACAGUUUAUCAAAAUGGUAUCCAUGGUAAUGGUACAACAAACAUGAAUGGUUCUCACUCAGAAAAAAAUCAUCACCAAACAAAAUAUAAUUCUGAGGCCAUUGUUCAACUGUCGGAUAUAAGUUUUAUGGAAAAGCUUGGAGCAGCAAUGGAGCGAAUGUUACAAAGGACAUUUACUAGAUGGGGUGCCUGUUGUGCUAGACAUCCAGUUCUAGUAAUAGUGCUUGGAGUUAUCAUUGCUGGAGCCCUGUCUGCUGGUAUUGCUUUGUUCAAGGUUACAACCAAUCCAGUAGAACUUUGGUCAUCCAGUAAUAGUAGAGCCAGACAGGAGAAAGAUUACUUUGAUUCACAUUUUGGACCAUUUUACAGAAUAGAACAGUUAGUGAUUACCAGACCAAACAACCAUACAAAAUACAGACAUCCUCUACCUCCGCCUGCUCCAUCAUCAGCUUACAUAGACUACAGUAACCUCUUUGAUAAAGAAUUCUUACAUAUGCUUCUAGAUAUGCAGCUUGAGAUUGAGGCUUUGACAGCAACCUUUAACAACAAGACAGUCAAAUUAGAAGACAUCUGCUUUAAACCAUUAGCUCCUGACAAUAAUAAUUGUGCAACACAGAGUGUGUUAGAAUACUGGCAGAAGAACCAUACCACCCUUGACAAAGUUAUUAUGGAUGAGUGGGGAUCUACCGUAAUGGCAGAUUUUAUUGACCAUUUUGAAUAUUGCGUGAGUGCUCCAGCUUCAACACAAGACAGGACAGGAUUGAAUAUAUCGUGCCUGGCAGUAGACUCAGCGCCCACUUUCCCAUGGGUAGUAAUGGGAGGAUACGAUAGUACAAAUUACAAGAAUUCUACAGCAUUUGUCAUAACUAUUCUGGUGAAUAACCACUUAAAAGAUGAAGACAAUGAAAAAGCUAAAGCUUGGGAAAAGGUGUUGAUAUCAUAUCUACAAAGUAAACAAGAUCAUCCCAAUAUGACUAUUUCAUUCAGUACAGAGAGAUCUAUAGAGGAUGAGUUAAACAGAGAAAGUCAGUCUGAUGUCUUGACCAUUCUGAUCAGCUACCUGAUUAUGUUUGGAUAUAUAACUCUCACCCUCGGGCAGUAUGGGUCAUGUGACAAUCCUGCAAGAUUAUUGAUUGAUUCCAAGAUAACAUUAGGACUAUCAGGAGUAACAAUUGUACUAUUGUCAGUAGCUGCCUCCCUUGGGACCUAUAGUUACUUUGGAAUACCAGCAACACUAAUCAUCAUAGAAGUUGUACCAUUCUUAGUCCUGGCUGUCGGUGUAGACAACAUUUUUAUUUUAGUUCAAACUUAUCAGAGAGAUACCAGACUGAGAGAUGAGAGUUUAGAAGAACAGAUCGGUAGAAUAGUUGGCAGAGUAGGACCAAGCAUGUUGUUAAGUAGCUCAGCCGAAUCCAUUGCUUUCUUCUUAGGUGCCCUAACAGACAUGCCAGCAGUUAGAGUUUUCUCCCUUUAUGCUGCCCUGGCUGUUUUAUUUGACUUCCUGUUACAGAUAACAGUAUUUAUUGGACUUAUGACACUGGAUGCCAGACGACAGGAGGAUUCCAGAUUUGAUGUAGUUUGCUGCACUAAACUUUCCAGCAGUAAACUAGAGAAACAAGAAGGAUGGCUAUUUUAUUUGAACAAGAAUUUUUAUGCUCCCUUUGUUUUGCAUAUUUUUGUUCGGCCAUUUAUUGUUGUAGUUUUCACCCUGUACUUCUUUGGCAGUGUAGCUGUUCUACAUAAAAUUGGUGUUGGUCUUGACCAGAAACUCUCUAUGCCUGAUGAUUCCUAUGUUCUAAACUACUUUGGUAAUUUAUCUGAGUACCUCCAUGUUGGUCCACCUGUAUACUAUGUUGUUAGAGAAGGACACAACUAUACAUCUUUAGCUGGUGAGAAUGCUCUGUGUGGAGGGAAUGGUUGUCCUCAGGAAUCUCUGGUCGGUCAGAUCUACACUGCCAGUAAACAGGCUAAUUAUACAUAUAUUGCUCAGCCAACAUCCUCUUGGAUAGAUGACUUCUUUGAUUGGUUGUCACCUGGAGGGAAUCCACCCUGUUGUAGACUGUUCAAUAAUGGUAGUUUCUGUACUGCCACUGAACCAGUUAAUUCAAGUUUGAGUUCUGUAUGUCCUGUGAAAACUUUACCCAAUGGAAGACCUUCAGAGGAGGAUUUCACCAAAUAUUUACCCAUGUUUUUAAAAGAUAAUCCAGGAGUAAAAUGCUCUAAAGGAGGGCAUGCAGCUUAUGGUAGUGGUGUAAACCUGAUCAGAAAUAAAUCCAAUGUUGGAGCAACCUACUUUAUGACCUAUCAUACAAUACUGAAGACCAGUGCUGAUUACAUCAAAGCUUUGAAGGAAGCUAGGGCCAUAGGAGAUAACAUCACAAAAACAAUGCAGUUAACACAAUCAAACAGUAGUGUUUACCCAUAUAGUGUUUUCUAUGUAUACUAUGAACAGUACCUGACCGUAGUUGAUGACACAAUACUAAAUCUAGGACUAUGUCUGGUGGCCAUCUUUGUUGUCACUUUCAUUCUUCUGGGAUUUGAUUUUAUUUCUGCAUUGUUAGUAGUCCUGACUGUUCUCAUGAUUGUGAUAGAUAUAUGUGGAAUGAUGUAUCUAUGGGAUAUUGACCUCAACGCUAUAACACUUGUCAAUCUGGUUAUGGCUGUUGGUAUAGCUGUAGAGUUUUGUGCUCACAUUGUAAGAGCUUUUGCUAUCAGUCUGAAACCAAACAGAAUAAAAAGAGCUGAAGAGGCUCUGGCUAAUAUGGGGAGUUCUGUAUUUAGUGGUAUAACCUUAACCAAACUAGGAGGAAUUAUAGUAUUAGCAUUUGCCAAGUCACAGUUAUUCCAAGUAUUUUACUUUAGAAUGUAUUUAGGAAUGGUAGUAUUUGGUGCUUCACAUGGUCUUAUUUUCUUACCAGUGUUACUAAGUUAUGUAGGUCCACCAUUAAACAAAGCCAAACUAUACGAGGAACAACAAAAGACUAAAUCACAAUUCAUUGACUCCAGUGGUAAAGAAUACGACGAACCAACAAUUCACUCGUCACAACAACAUUUAGUUUCAGAGAAUCCCCCGGACUACCGGACAGUGACGGGAAAUAACUAUAGAAACAAUGGACACAAUUCUUAUGAAAAUGGUGGAUUUAAACAUACAGAAGUUGAUAAUCAUAUGAUUCCUUCUACCAGAUUAUAAUAGUGAUAAAAAAACUAAUUCCGGAAGGUUGUAAUUUGGUACUUUCAUGACGUAGAAAGGUAAAAAUUCUUGCCAACUGAAGUUAAUGGAAAUUUCUGGUGCAUGUUGAUAAAAUCUAUACUUUCUUUCAGUGAUAAAUGACAAAUCAUGGUAAAAUAUUAUAUCAAGAUAAUGGUAGCCAAAAAUUACCAUUUGAAGCCUGACAGUAGAGGGCAUUCCUACCCUCUUUCUGAGCUUCCAUGCAGUUGACCAUUAGAUAAUAUGAUGUAAAAUAAGACUUGUCAAGUAUAGUUUAAGACUGUCAUUUAGAACAUAUACUUUGACACUUAUCAAUGCUGGAUAUAGAAUGGUGCUUUUCCAGUAAAACUGCAUGUUUUCUGUGAAAAUUUAUUUAUGUAGGUUCAACAACAAUUUUUAGUAUUUUUUGGUGCAUUUAAUUUUAAGUUUUCAUUUAAAUGACAUAUAGAAAUAGAUAAUAAGAAAUUUAGAUUAUGAAAAUAAUACAAGUUACAUCCCAAUGCCAGUUAUAUGAACAAAAUGUCAGUCAUGUGUAAUAUGUUAUUGAACAUCAUAAGCAUUGUAAAUAAUAUCCAUUUUCUAUUUAUUAAUUUUUUUAUUCAUUAAUUGUAAAUUUCUAAAUUGAAAUCACCCCAGACAUGCAUUGUUCAUGCUUCAUCAAAUACAAGUUCAUCAGCUUGAAUAAAAUUGUGAAUUGAGAAUCUUAAAAGUAUAAUAAAAAAAAAAAACUCUGAAGAAAAUUCAAAAUGGAAAGUCCCUAAUCAAUGACUUUAUAGGUAAUUCAUGUCAGAAUUUUCAGAUUAAUCUAAUGCAUUCUGGGUAAAAUUACAAAAACGAAAUUAAUGUCACAUCAUUGCCUGAUUGGUUGCCAUUCAAUUGAAUGGGAAAUGUAUAAACUGUUAAUCACAACAUUUUGUUGUACCCUUUAUUGUGAUAAUAUUACCCAGAAAGCAUUUGAUUAUGAAACAGUUAAUUAUAUUGACCUUGAUAUCAUAACUUUUAUUGUUUCACAGGUAUAUUAUACUCCAUA